AUGGCAGCACAGCCAGGAUCAGAGGAACGGGUCACUGCCUCCGAGGCUUCGGGGCAAACCACCCUGUCUAUCGAUCUCGAGAAGUCUGGGAAUGGCAGCCGGGAUGUGGUCCUGGAGGAGGAUACGCGGCCUGGCGCAAAGGCUGGGCUGCCGCUUUCCCAGUUCUGGAUUGUUAUGCUUGGUUUGAAUAUAGGAAUGCUUCUGACCGCUCUGGAUUUCAACAUUGUUGCCACGGCCGUCCCCAUCAUCUCGUCUGAAUUCAAUGCCUACAAUAAUUCAUCUUGGCUGGGAACUGGGUUCCUCAUCACGUUUGCCCUUGUCUUGCCCCUCUACAGCAAGCUAGGCGACAUCUUUGGGCAGCGCAACAUGUUCAUUGUUGGAACCCUCAUUUUCACCCUGGGAAGUGGUCUCUGCGGUGGCUCCAAGAGCAUGAAUAUGCUGAUCUGGUCCCGUGUGAUCCAGGGUAUUGGUGGAGGUGGUAUCUAUGGAUUGGUCAAUGUCAUCAUUACCAACCUUGUGCCGCUACGGGAUAUCGGAAAGUAUAUCUCGUUCACCGGAUUGGUCUGGGCCAUUGCCGAUGUUGCUGGUCCUCUUCUUGGUGGAGCUUUCUCUCAAUAUGUCACUUGGCGCUGGUGCUUCUACAUCAAUCUGUGCAUCUCCCCCAUCAGUCUGAUCAUCACUCUCUUCUUUCUGCGCCUGCCCACCCCAAAGGUGGACAAGGAGCGCAUCAAGAACUUCGACAUUCUUGGCAGCAUUACGCUCAUCGGUGGUACGAUAUGUCUCCUGCUGGCCAUCUCCUGGGGUGGGAACAACUUCCCCUGGAACGAUGGCCGCGUCAUUGGUUGCUUUGUGGGUGGAUUGGUGCUGCUCGGACUCUUCAUGGUCUGGGAGCACUGGGCCAAGGAUCCGCUCAUGCCGCCUGUGUUCCUGCAAAGCCGCGCCCUCGUUGCCAUCUUCUUCGCCGAGUUCUUCUACGGCGCGAACCUGCUUGGGAUGAUGUACUACGUACCACAGUAUUUCCAGCUGGUCUAUGGCGACUCGGCCACCAUGUCCGGCGUCGCCCUGCUGCCCAUGAUGCUGGGUCUGGCCGUUGGUAACCCCAUCGCCGGCUGGGUCACCAGCAAGUAUGGCCUCACUUUGGCCAACGCCUGGGUAGGCUCUGCGCUGACGGUGCUGAUCAGUGGCCUGAUCACGCGCUGGAAUCCAGGGACCAGCCGCGCCGAGGCGGUCAUCGAGCUGAUCAUCAUUGGUAUCGGACAGGGUGCCGUCAUGGAGGGUCUCCUGGUCGGGUCGCAAUUCCUGGUCCAUCACCUCCUACGAUUUCCCGCUGGACCUCUCCCCGCUGCCUUUGGAGACAAAUCAGGGCGUGUCCGGCCAUCGCCGCAGAAUCUAUCCACCCGUCCGCCGAGCCCAAUGCUAUCCCCGGAGGAAAUUAUUCAGCUCACAGCCGACUUCUUUGAGCGGUCCCACCCGAAAUUUCCUUGUAUCCACAAGGAAACUUUUCUAGAGCGGCUGCGGGGACCCGGGGGCCCCGUAGUGUCAACUCCGUUAGAAUGGGCCAUCCUCGCCACUGCCGCAAGAGCCCAUCGCGACAUGACGAUCUCAACUCGAGCAGAUAUGUUCUUGCAAAUCGCCGUUGAUUCGCUUGCGCAGAGUCCUCUUCUGCGAGAAAAUUUUUUGCGUGACUUACAAGCCGCCAUAUGGUGUGUGUUUUCGCUCUACUAUUCAGGGGAGAUGACGAAAGUCGUGGUGCUGUUGGCGCAAGCAUACUCGCUGGCAUGUCUGAAUGGACUGAAUAAACUGGAUGAUCCCAAUCCAAGCAUCCCAGCAACUAUGCGAUUCUCUCCGUUGGAAGAGGAGGAAUGCCGGGGGACCCUGUGGGCGCUCUUCGUUCUUGACCGACACAUGAACUACCUCAUGGGCCGCCACUUUGUGAUGGACGAUAUACAAUGGUGUGUGAACUAUCCCUUAGACGACCGGUCGCUGCAACACGGGUUGCGCCCAGAACCAGAACCUUACAGUCGGGACCUGGCAGCGCUCGCGUCGGAGACAGCCAACAUUCCCAUCGGAGUCUCUUUGCCGCGUCUGGUGUGUAAAGCCAGUGUCAUGCUUGGUCGCAUCGUGACAUACAAGAGCAUCAACCCGAUGCCUACCGAGGCCCAAGGCAUUCAAAACCGCUUAGCCGUCUUCCAUGAGCUGCAGUCGGCCCUCGCCUGCUUCUGGGUGUCUUUGCCUGCGUGUGUCCAUAACGUGGCUGAGGUGCCGUCCGAGAACGUGGACCAGAGUGUUUGGCUGUUGAUUACUCUCCACACCUGCUCCACGCUGCUCUUCUACAUGCCUGAAGUCGAGCACCGGAGUCCCGGCAGCGCCCGUCUUCCGUCGGAGCGGGAGAACUUCGUCUGCUCCUACAAGUCGGUGGAUAAAGUGGUGGCUGUCCUGCGCCAGAUCUCGGGGCUCGUGAUCGACGCGGUUUCGAACCCGAUGCUAGCGUCGUCGUAUUUCAUGUGUUGUCGGUUUAUCCUGGCGCAGUGGCGCCUCACGCAACAGCAGUCUUAUCGGUUGGAUCUGAAUCUCAUUUUGAAACUGCUGGCGCGGAUGGCCGAGAAGGGGGCGCAGAUGCCGCGCAUCUAUAAAGAUAUCAUCGACCAGGAGUUGGGGAGAGAUAUGCAGAUUGGAGUAAACGUUAGCCGGAUAUUGAUGCGGACGGACUAUUGCUUUAUGAUUUAA